CGCAAAGACGUUUACGAUGGUCAAAGCAACAACUGCCUAUCAUUCCUACUACAAAUAAAUCAUUUUUACUUGUAUUGUCAUUCAUGCACUUUUUAAACUUUCUGUUGCGAACUUCAAAGGAGAUCAAAUUCAAGUCAGCUUAAAAAAAAGCCGUCUUUUUUUUUUCUUCCUAUUUCUUUAGAAUGACCAACGAUAGAGAAACCUAUAAUAGACGCGUGCUUGGUCAAGAUCUUUAUGAAAAAGUAGUCUCCAGUAAGAUCCUCUUAGUAGGCGCUGGUGGUAUCGGCUGCGAACUCUUAAAGAACUUGGUCAUGUCCGGCUUUCAAGACAUUCAAGUGAUCGAUCUAGAUACGAUUGAUAUUUCCAACUUGAAUCGACAAUUCUUAUUUCAACGCCAACACGUCAAAAAGGCCAAAGCACACGUGGCAAAAGAAUCAGCUCAGAAAUUCAAUCCCAAGGCCCACAUUACGUCUCUUCAAGCGAAUAUCAAAGAUCCUCAAUUCAAUGUGCCAUGGUUUAGACAAUUCACCAUGGUCUUGAACGCGUUGGAUAAUCUAGAGGCUCGUCGACACGUCAAUGCCAUGUGUUUAGCAGCCGAUAUUCCUCUUGUUGAGUCAGGCACACAAGGAUACUUGGGACAAGCCUAUGUAAUCAAAAAAUCUGUUACUGAAUGCUUUGAUUGUCAACCUAAACCAACACCUACGACUUAUCCUGUAUGUACCAUUCGAAGUACACCUAGUGCUCCUAUCCAUUGUAUUGUAUGGGCAAAGAGCUUUUUGUUCAAUCAAUUGUUUGGUAAUUCAGAAGACGAAGAAGCCAUUGAAGCAGACGAGUCUGAAGAGAAUGCACAAGAAGUAGCUGCUUUAACGAGAGAAACAGCCGAGUUAAAGCAGAUCAAAGAUGCAGCAGGUUCACCUGAAUAUGCCCAGAAAGUGUUUGAUAAAGUCUACAAGAUCGAUAUCCAACGCCUUUUAUCUAUGACAUCGAUGUGGAAGAACCGUAAAAUGCCUACACCUUUAGACUUUGAUACAUUAGAAAACACCAUGAUAGAGACACAAGAACCCAAAGGUCUUCCAGAUCAAACUGUAUGGAGUCUGAAGCAAAACUUUGAUAUGUUUAAAGACAGCUUAGUACGAUUGUCGACUCGACUGAUUCAAAAGAGAAAGACAGAGCCAGAUGCCAUCUUGUCGUUUGAUAAAGAUGACGAAGAUGCCAUGGAUUUCGUGACAGCUGCUUCUAACUUGAGAGCGCAUGUCUUUGGUAUCUCCACCAAGAGUCUAUUUGAUGUGAAAUCCAUGGCAGGCAAUAUUAUUCCAGCUAUUGCCACCACCAAUGCUGUGAUUGCAGGCUUUGUUACUAUGAAAGCCUUUGGUAUUUUACGUGGCAACAUCAAGGACAAUCAAAGAACUUAUCUUACUACUGGUUCUCGUCUUGUGCAAGAAGCCAAUGCGGAUCCUAAUCCUAAAUGCAGUGUCUGUCGAUCAAGAAGUGCUGUUACUCAAGUUGACUUCAAUACGACCACCCUGAGUGACUUGAUUCAAAAAGCCAUUCUUUUGUCUGUAGAAGAAGGUGGUGCUGGUAUGAUAGAAGAUGAAGUAGCUAUUAUGGAUGGUCAUCGUAUGCUGUAUGAUAUUGAAUAUGAUGAGAAUGUCCAUUUACCAUUAAAAGAUCUUGGUUUGAAUUCUGGUAGUAUUUUGCGUAUUACACAAGAUGAUGACAAUGAUGUUGAUCUCAUUCUUGAAGCAGUGGAGAAUGAUGUCAGCCCACAUCAAGUGUCUUUAUUACAUCCGAUUCCUAAACCUACACCUGCCUUAUUAAAACGUAAACUAGAAGAAGAAGAAGAAGAAGUACAAGAAGUUAUCAAGAAGCCAAAGACAUCUCAUUCUGUUAUAGACAAUGUGGUUGUCCUUGAAGAUGAUGAAGAAGAUAUCGUUUUGUUGGAUUAAACAUGGGAGACAUUUUCAUUGGCUGUCAUUUAAACAAAGAAAAUUUUUUGAGAAAAUCACCUUGCCCUGUUUGCCUUUUUUUUUUUUUUU